CCCAAGCCAGUAUAUGCCCAGCCAGGCCAGCCUGAUGUGGACCUGCCAGUCAGCCCCUCUGAUGCCCCUGUGCCCAGCGCUGCCCAUGAUGACAGCAUUCUACGGUAUGUAGAAGUAUCUAUUCACCUGUCUCUAACAGUAUCCUACGGUAUGUAGAAGUAUCUGUUCACCUGUCUCAAACAGCAUCCUACGGUAUGUAGAAGUAUCUAUUCACCUGUCUCAAACAGUAUCCUACGGUAUGUAGAAGUAUCUAUUCAACUGUCUCUAACAGUAUCCUACGGUAUGCAGAAGUAUCUGUUCACCUGUCUCUAACAGUAUCCUACGGUAUGUAGAAGUAUCUAUUCACCUGUCUCUAACAGUAUCCUACGGUAUGUAGAAGUAUCUAUUCACCUGUCUCUAACAGUAUCCUACGGUAUGUAGAAGUAUCUAUUCACCUGUCUCUAACAGUAUCCUACGGUAUGUACAAGUAUCUAUUCACCUGUCUCAAACAGUAUCCUACGGUAUGUAGAAGUAUCUAUUCACCUGUCUCAAACAGUAUCCUACGGUAUGCAGAAGUAUCUGUUCACCUGUCUCUAACAGUAUCCUACGGUAUGUACAAGUAUCUGUUCACCUGUCUCAAACAGUAUCCUACGGUAUGUAGAAGUAUCUAUUCAACUGUCUCUAACAGUAUCCUACGGUAUGCAGAAGUAUCUGUUCACCUGUCUCAAACAGUAUCCUACGGUAUGUAGAAGUAUCUGUUCACCUGUCUCAAACAGUAUCCUAUGGUAUGUAGAAGUAUCUGUUCACCUGUCUCAAACAGUAUCCUACGGUAUGUAGAAGUAUCUGUUCACCUGUCUCAAACAGUAUCCUACGGUAUGUAGAAGUAUCUGUUCACCUGUCUCAAACAGUAUCCUACGGUAUGUAGAAGUAUCUGUUCACCUGUCUCUAACAGCAUCCUACGGUAUGUAGAAGUAUCUGUUCAUCUGUCUCUAACAGCAUCCUACGGUAUGUAGAAGUAUCUGUUCACCUGUCUCUAACAGCAUCCUACAGUAUGUAGAAGGAUCUGUUCACCUGUCUCAAACAGUAUCCUACGGUAUGUAGAAGUAUCUAUUCAACUGUCUCUAACAGUAUCCUACGGUAUGCAGAAGUAUCUGUUCACCUGUCUCUAACAGCAUCCUACGGUAUGUAGAAGUAUCUGUUCACCUGUCUCAAACAGUAUCCUACGGUAUGUAGAAGUAUCUGUUCACCUGUCUCAAACAGUAUCCUACGGUAUGUAGAAGUAUCUGUUCACCUGUCUCAAACAGUAUCCUACGGUAUGUAGAAGUAUCUGUUCACCUGUCUCUAACAGCAUCCUACGGUAUGUAGAAGUAUCUGUUCACCUGUCUCAAACAGUAUCCUACGGUAUGUAGAAGUAUCUGUUCACCUGUCUCAAACAGCAUCCUACAGUAUGUAGAAGGAUCUGUUCACCUGUCUCAAACAGUAUCCUACGGUAUGUAGAAGUAUCUGUUCACCUGUCUCAAACAGUAUCCUACGGUAUGUAGAAGUAUCUGUUCACCUGUCUCAAACAGCAUCCUACGGUAUGUAGAAGUAUCUGUUCACCUGUCUCAAACAGUAUCCUACGGUAUGUAGAAGUAUCUGUUCACCUGUCUCAAACAGUAUCCUACGGUAUGUAGAAGUAUCCAUUCAACUGUCUCUAACAGUAUCCUACGGUAUGUAGAAGUAUCUGUUCACCUGUCUCAAACAGUAUCCUACGGUAUGUAGAAGUAUCUGUUCACCUGUCUCUAACAGCAUCCUACGGUAUGUAGAAGUAUCUGUUCACCUGUCUCAAACAGUAUCCUACGGUAUGUAGAAGUAUCUGUUCACCUGUCUCAAACAGCAUCCUACAGUAUGUAGAAGGAUCUGUUCACCUGUCUCAAACAGUAUCCUACGGUAUGUAGAAGUAUCUGUUCACCUGUCUCAAACAGUAUCCUACGGUAUGUAGAAGUAUCUGUUCACCUGUCUCAAACAGUAUCCUACGGUAUGUAGAAGUAUCUGUUCACCUGUCUCAAACAGCAUCCUACAGUAUGUAGAAGGAUCUGUUCACCUGUCUCAAACAGUAUCCUACGGUAUGUAGAAGUAUCUGUUCACCUGUCUCAAACAGUAUCCUACGGUAUGUAGAAGUAUCUGUUCACCUGUCUCAAACAGCAUCCUACGGUAUGUAGAAGUAUCUGUUCACCUGUCUCUAACAGCAUCCUACGGUAUGUAGAAGUAUCUGUUCACCUGUCUCAAACAGUAUCCUACGGUAUGUAGAAGUAUCUGUUCACCUGUCUCUAACAGUAUCCUACGGUAUGUAGAAGUAUCUGUUCACCUGUCUCAAACAGUAUCCUACGGUAUGUAGAAGUAUCUGUUCACCUGUCUCUAACAGCAUCCUACGGUAUGUAGAAGUAUCUGUUCACCUGUCUCAAACAGUAUCCUACGGUAUGUAGAAGUAUCUGUUCACCUGUCCUGGGGCGCUGCACUGCAGCUUGAACCUGUGCUUGUCUCAGCUGUAUGUGUGAUGUGUUCUGUCUGGUGGGUUGAGAAUGGCGCAGAAGACACAUUUGCAUUGUUUGUUGUAAGUAAUGGACAAUAAAGUUGUAUUGUCACUAACAGUAACUCCUUCAACCUCCUGCCCUGCUCCAUAUUAUGACUAUAUAACGUUUAAACUUCACUGAUCUUUGGCAGGUGACAUCAUAGAAUUUGAAUAGAAGGGACAAAGCUCAUCAGACCUCUGACUUCAAUGUGAAUAGCCAUUCUAGAAAGUGUAUUUCUAUGGGGGAUACUCCUUAUUUCAAACAACGUAAAUAUCACAGAGUGGGCCUUUACCUGUCUUUAACAGUCUUUAACUGUCUAACUGUCUUUAACUGUCUUUAACUGUCUUUAUCUGUCUAACUGUCUUUGAUUGUCUAACUGUCUGUCUUUAACCGUUUAAACUGUCUAACUGUCUUUAUUUGUCUAACUGUCUAACGGUCUGUAACUGUCUUUAACUGUCUGUAACUGUCUAACUGUCUUUAACUGUCUAACUGUCUUUAACUGUGUGUCUGUCUGUAACUGUCUAACUGUCUAAAUGUCUUUAACUGUCUAACUGUCUCUAAAUGUCUUUAGCUGUCUGUAACUGUCUAACUGUCUGUAACUGUCUUUAACGUCUAACUGUCUGUCUAACUGUCUAACUGUCUGUAACUGUAUUUAACUAUUUAACUGUCUAACUGUCUAACUGUCUGUAACUGUCUAACUGUCUGUAACUGUCUAACUGUCUUCAACUGUCUAACUGUCUUUAACUGUCUUUAACUGUCUUUAACUGUCUAACUGUCUUUAACUGUGUGUCUGUCUGUAACUGUCUAACUGUCUAAAUGUCUUUAACUGUCUAACUGUCUCUAAAUGUCUUUAACUGUAUGUAACUGUCUAACUGUCUAAAUGUCUGUAACUGUCUUUAACGUCUAACUGUCUGUCUAACUGUCUAACUGUCUGUUUCUGUCUUUAACUGUUUAACUGUCUGUAACUGUCUAACUGUCUGUAACUGUCUAACUGUCUUUAACUGUCUUUAACUGUCUAACUGUCUGUAACUGUCUGUAACUGUCUGUAACUGUCUUUAACCGUCUAACUGUCUGUAACUGUCUCUAACUGUCUGUAACUGUCUAACUGUCUUUAACUGUCUUUAACGGUCUAACUGCUUUAACUGUCUAACUGUCUAACUGUCUAACUGUCUGUAACUGUCUUUAACUGUCUGUAACUGUCUUUAACUGUCUAACUGUCUGUAACUGUCUUUAACGGUCUAACUGCUUUAACUGUCUAACUGUCUUUAACCGUCUAACUGUCUUUAACCGUCUAACUGUCUUUAACUGUCUGUAACUGUCUUUAACUGUUUAACUGUCUUUAACUGUCUGUAACUGUGGUCCUCUGUAGCUCCUCUGUAGCUCAGCUGGUAGAGCACGGCGCUUGUAACGCCAAGGUAGUGGGUUCGAACCCCGGGACCACCCAUACACCAAAAAAAAAAUGUAUGCACGCAUGACUGUAAGUCGCUUUGGAUAAAAGCGUCUGCUAAAUGGCAUAUUAUUAUUAUUAUUAAUUAUAUUAUAACUGUCUGUAUUUAACUGUCUAACUGUCUGUAACCGUCUAACUGUCUUUAACUGUCUAACUGUCUGUAACUGUCUGUCUUUAACUGUCUAACUGUCUGUAACUGUCUGUAACUGUCUUUUCCCUCUCCCCAUCCCACCCUGUCCUCUCUCCCACCCUGUCCUCUCUCCCACCCUGUCCUCUCUCCCACCCUGUCCUCUCUCCCACCCUGUCUUCUCUCCCACCUGUCCUCUCUCCAACCUUCUCUCUCCCACCCUGUCCUCUCUCCCACCCUGUCUUCUCUCCCCACCUGUCUCUAUCCCACACGUCCUGCCUUUACUCCUCCACACCUGUCCUCUCUCCUACCACCCUGUCCCUGGAUUCCUCCACACCCUGUCCCUCUCCUCACCAACCGUCCUCUCUCCACCUGUCCCUUGUCCUCUCUCCAACCUGUCCUCUCUCCACCCCUGUCCUCUCUCCCACCCUGUCCUCUCUCACCCUCUGUCCUCUCCAAACCCGUCUCUCUCCCACCCUGUCCCUCUCUCCCACCCUGUCUGUCCUCUCCCACCCUGUCCUCUCUCCCACCCUGUCCUCUCUCCCACCCUGUCCUCUCUCCCACCCUGUCCCCUGUCCUCUCUCCCCCCUUCCUCUCUCCCACCCUGUCUUCUCUCUCCCACCCUGUCCUCUCAUUCCCCCUGUCCUCUCUCCCACCCUGUCCUCUCUCCCACCCUGUCCUCUCUCCCACCCUGUCCUCUCUCCACCCUGUCCUCUCCCACCCUUCCCCCUGUCCUCUCUCCCACCCUGUCCCCGACCAGGAUCUCUCCCACCGACCUUCCCCACUGGCACGGCAGAUCACCCUGUCGCUAUCCCACCCUGGCCCGUGUGCAAAGUCUCACACCUGUGCCUGGAAACUGCCCCGCCACAAGUAUUCUCAUCCCAUUCCACCCAUGUAUUCUCCCCCAUUCCACCCCAUGUAUUCUCUCCCCAUUCCACCCCAUGUAUUCUCUCCCCAUUCCACCCCAUGUAUUCUCUCCCUAGGCCGAGUAUGAAGCUGGUGAAGUUUAAGAAGGGGGAGAGUGUGGGUCUGAGGCUGGCAGGGGGGAACGAUGUGGGCAUCUUUGUAGCAGGAGUCCUGGAGGAUAGCCCAGCAGCUAAGGAGGGACUGGAGGAGGGGGACCAAAUUCUCAGGGUGAGACAAGAUACAUCAGCAACUACACACUCACUACAGCCACACUAAGGUUGUCGGUUCAAUUUCCACAGGGAUCACAUGCACAAUGUAUGCACUCCGCUGUACUGUGUAAAUUGCUUAGGAUGAAAUAGUUUGCUGUGUAAUAUGAUCCUCGUCUAAAUGGCAUGCUGUGUAGCCCAACGUGUUAGUGAAGGCCUACACGAAUGGAAUCAAUGCUAGCAGCUACUGAAUUUCACUGCACAGAAAUCCAAUAUUAGUUGCCACUGGAAUUGAAGAAAGACAAAAAAAAAAGGUGAUGAUGCAUACACUAGCAAAUAUGUAUUAACACUGUAAACUGACAGCCUAAACACCAAUAAGACGCUACAGGGGAUACCACAGUAAACUGACAGCCUAAACACCAAUAAGACGCUACAGGGGAUACCACAGUAAACUGACAGCCUAAACACCAAUAAGACGCUACAGGGGAUACCACAGUAAACUGACAGCCUAAACACCAAUAAGACGCUACAGGGGAUAACACAGUAAACUGACAGCCUAAACACCAAUAAGACGCUACAGGGGAUACCACAGUAAACUGACAGCCUAAACACCAAUAAGACGCUACAGGGGAUACCACAGUAAACUGACAGCCUAAACACCAAUAAGACGCUACAGGGGAUACCACAGUAAACUGACAGCCUAAACACCAAUAAGACGCUACAGGGGAUACCACAGUAAACUGACAGCCUAAACACCAAUAAGACGCUACAGGGGAUACCACAGUAAACUGACAGCCUAAACACCAAUAAGAUGCUACAGGGGAUACAAAUGUAUUCUGUUUUUGUGGUUGUUGUUUUUACAAUAUGUGGUUAACAGUGUAACGGUAGCAGUGUUUUUACAGGGCCUUGGUUUGUAUCUCAAAGGUAGCAUCCCAAAUGGCAGCCUAUUCUCUACAUUAGCACACUACUUUUGACCAGAGCCCAUAGGGGACGUAUCCAAAAGCUUCUCUUCUGUGAUUUUUAUUAAUGGCUUUAAAACAGGCUGCUCUGAGAUUCCUGAUCGUUUUGGAGUCUGUCUCCUAGCAAUGUGCUCUGGGAAUCACACAAAAACAUUUUCUUUCCUUUCUCUGUUUGGCCCAUUUCUCUUCCUCUCCCUCUGAGCUGUAUAUCUUUUUUCUGUUUACACUCCUCCUCCUCCUCCUCCACCCCGUCCUCCUCGUCUCUCUGCCAGCGUAAUGUGUAAUGGCGUGGAUCUUAGUUUACAGUGCAGUAAAACUCUGUCAGGGUUAUAGUCACGAGGGGUGAUGCUGAAGGAUAUAGAGGUAUAGACCAUCAGCGCUAUUAAAGACAUGCUCCGGGAACUUUUGGCAACUACUAAGUAUUUUUCAAACCAUCUCGUUUUGGGCUGGAUGUGUCAAUGUGUGGUUCAUACAUGCAGAAUCUAUAAUCAGAAUUAUUGUCUUACCUCAAUUAGCCACGAAAUCCCUUAGUUUGAAAGCAACAGUUUUUCUGUAAGCUGUGCUGCACCAUUUUCCCCCCAUGUGGGCCAGCCCCCUAGCAAUUCGAUGUCAACCAAUGAGCUUCAGCCCCUCGCCAUAUGAGUGACAGCUAGAGACUCAUCAUGCACUCACAGGAAGGAGGGAGGGAGGGAGGGAGGGAGGGAGGGAUUUUCAGUGACCACUUUUGGCUCAUGAGCGCCACUUUCACUAAAAAGUAUACAAAAGUACCGGAGAAUCUCUUUAACACUGAUAUUGUGUAAACAUUUAGACAGGUAGACCAUCAGCACUAUUAACCAGAGCUGAAAUGUGUGUUAGCGACGGUGUAGACCAUCAGCACUAUUAACCAGAGCUGAAAUGUGUGUUAGCGACGGUGUAGACCAUCAGCACUAUUAACCAGAGCUGAAAUGUGUGUUAGCGACGGUGUACUAUAUGGCAGUUCUGUCACGGCAUACAUUUCGUAAGUGUAUGUGAUCCCUGGGGGAAUUGAAUCCACAACCUUUCCCCAGGUCACGAGUGAACAAUUCAGAUGUCCUCGAUGCUUUCCAAGGCUACAUAUUCAACAGGAUAACAAGAAGGUUGUUGUGGUGGUAUCAUCCGUUGUGGACUGUAGAUUCCACAACAACACAGCAUUGAAGCUACCUACUCACUUCAUCCCUUUGAUACAUAUGGCCACAAAAACGUUCAACAAAGUAAAAUAAUAAUUUGGAAUAACUGAAUAACACAUCUCCCUUCCCUCCAUGUUUCCAGGUUAAUAAUGUGGAUUUUGCUAAUAUAAUCAGAGAAGAGGCAGUGCUGUUUCUCCUUGACCUCCCUAAAGGUGAAGAGGUCACCAUCCUGGCCCAGAAGAAGAAGGAUGGUGAGUACAGGAGGAGGAGAGGAAACUGGUUGAACUGGUCCCCUUCACUCCCUCCCCUCCCCCACUCAUUAGAGCACCCUUCACUCCCUCCCCUCCCCCACUCAUUAGAGCACCCUUCACUCCCUCCCCUCCCCCACUCAUUAGAGCACCCUUCACUCCCUCCCCUCCCCCACUCAUUAGAGCACCCUUCACUCCCUCCCCUCCCCCACUCAUUAGAGCACCCUUCACUCCCUCCCCCUCCCCCACUCAUUAGAGCACCCUUCACUCCCUCCCCUCCCCCACUCAUUAGAGCACCCUUCACUCCCUCCCCUCCCCCCACUCAUUAGAGCACCCUUCACUCCCUCCCCUCCCCCACUCAUUAGAGCAUCCUUCACUCCCUCCCCUCCCCCACUCAUUAGAGCACCCUUCACUCCCUCCCCUCCCCCACUCAUUAGGGUCCCCUUCACUCCCUCCCCUCCCCCACUCAUUAGAGCACCCUUCACUCCCUCCCCUCCCCCACUCAUUAGAGCAGCCUUCACUCCCUCCCCCACUCAUUAGAGCACCCUUCACUCCCUCCCCCACUCAUUAGAGCAGCCUUCACUCCCUCCCCUCCCCCACUCAUUAGAGCACCCUUCACUCCCUCCCCCACUCAUUAGAGCACCCUUCACUCCCUCCCCCACUCAUUAGAGCAGCCUUCACUCCCUCCCCUCCCCCACUCAUUAGAGCACCCUUCACUCCCUCCCCUCCCCCACUCAUUAGAGCACCCUUCACUCCCUCCCCUCCCCCACUCAUUAGAGCACCCUUCAGUAUAUGCAGAUCUGAAGGGUCUGGAUAGGUACAGUAUAGUCUGUUUAGGGGUGGAGCUUUCACCAUACUACUUCCACUUAACAGACCUCCAAUCACAUGAUUAGGGCCGAGGUAAGGGGAGGGAAGUGAACUGGGCCGGUUGAACGACCAUCAUCAGAGAUGCAUCUCUAUUGGGCUUCUCUCCUUCCUCUGACUCGGUCUCUGACUCAGUCUCUGACUCUGACUCAGUCUCUGACUCUGACUCGGUCUCUGACUCUGUCUCUGGCUCUGACUCUGACUCUGACUCGGUCUCUGACUCAGUCUCUGACUCUGACUCGGUCUCUGACUCAGUCUCUGACUCUGACUCGGUCUCUGACUCGGUCUCGGUUUCUGACUCUGACUGUCUCGGUCUCUGACUGUCUCUGACUCUGUCUCGGUCGUUGACUCUGACUGGCUCCGACUCUGUCUCUGACUGUGUUCUGCUCCAGUGUACCGGCGGAUCGUGGAGUCUGAUGUGGGCGACUCGUUCUACAUCCGGACCCACUUUGAGUAUGAGAAGGAGUCUCCGUACGGCCUGAGCUUCAACAAGGGAGAGGUGUUCAGAGUGGUGGACACCCUGUACAACGGCAAGCUGGGCUCCUGGCUGGCCAUCCGCAUCGGGAAGAACCACCAGGAGGUGGAGAGAGGCAUCAUACCCAACAAGAACAGGUGAUGACGCGCUCUUCUUCUUCUUCUUCUUCUUCUUCUUCUUCUUCUUCUUCUUCUUCUUCUUCUUCUUCUUCUUCUUUCUUCUUUUCUUUCUUCGUCUUCUUCUUCUCUUCUUCUUUUUUCUUCUUCUUCUUCUUCUUCUUCUUCUUCUUCUUCUUCUCUUCUUCUUCUGUCCUUCCCAUUUGGCUCCUCUAGGUGUUUGUAUCUGCAAGCCAUAAUGAUGUUGAGUUCUCACAGAAAUCAAAGUUCUCACAGAAGUCAGUUUGUUUAUUUGAAAAGAGAACGUGUUCCAUAUAACUUACCUGGUUAAGACAAUACUAUAAAUACAUGAAAAUAAUAGGGGAACAAGAUUUACACUGGUCACAAUUUAUCACAACAAUGUUAAUGUCACGUUGUCCUCUCAUAGCUUUAACCACAUUUGUUAUGAUUAUCAUUGUAAGUGCCUCUGUGUUGGCAGUAUUGACGUUAGCCAUGCCAAGUGUACUGGACACAGUCACAGACACAUGAAAGCCCUUUAGAGGUGUCCACCAAGAGCUCUGUUUGUCUCUCUCAUUCUCCUGAGUAGAAAAUAAACUACAGCACGGGUGAUUUUGAUGCCCCAAAAAUGUCAUAUUUUUCACAAACAUUUCAAUCGCAAUAGACCUUCAUCUGGGCUUUACAGAGAGCUAAAUCUCAAUAGUCCUUCAUCUGGGCUUUACAGAGAGCUAAAUCUCAAUAGUCCUUCAUCUGGGCUUUACAGAGAGCUAAAUCUCAAUAGUCCUUCAUCUGGGCUUUACAGAGAGCUAAAUCUCAAUAGUCCUUCAUCUGGGUUUUACAGAGAGCUACAUUUUACAUUUACAUUUUAGUCAUUUAGCAGACGCUCUUAUCCAGAGCGACUUACAGUUAGUGAGUGCAUACAUUUAUUUUUCAUACUGGCCCCCCGUGGGAAUCGAACCCACAACCCUGGCGUUGCAAGCGCCAUGCUCUACCAACUGAGCUACACAGGGCUCAAUAGACCUUCAUCCCCAAUACAGCAUGGUUAGGGUUAGUUAUCUAGAUAGUUAGUUAGUUAUCCAACUCCCUCUCCUCUAUCUGUCUCCAGAGCGGAGCAGCUGUCCAGUGUGCAGUACACCCUCCCCAAGACAGCAGGGGCGACAGGCGCAGGACUUCUGGAGGUUCAGGGGCCUGAGGAGCUCAAGAGGAACCUGAGGAAGAGCAGAGAGGACCUGUCGGCCCAGCCCGUACAGACCAAGUUCCCCGCUUACGAGAGGGUGGUGCUGAGAGAGGGUGAGGACCGAGGACUCUGAUACCCCUCCCUAACCCCUCCUCUCUAGCCCCUCCUCCCUAAACCCCUCAUCCACUACCCCAUCCUCUACUAGCCCUCCUCCCUCCUCCCUAACCCCUCCUCCUAAGCCCCUCUCCCUCCCCCUACCCCCUCUCUAGACCCUCCUCCCCUCCUCUCUAACCCUCCUCCUCCUAACCCCCUCCUCUCGAACUCCUCCUCCCUACCCCGUCCUCUCUAACUCCUCCUCCCUAAAUCCUCCCUCUCCCUAACCCCUCCUCUCUAACCCCUCCUCCUAACCCCUCCUCUCUAGCCCCUCCCCCCUCCUCCCUCAACUCCUCCCCCUAGCCCCUCCUCCAGCCCCUCCUCCCUAACCCCUCCUCUCUAACCCCUCCUCCUAGCCCCUCCUCCUAACCUCCCUACUCUCCCUAACCCCUCCUCUCUACCCUCCUCCCUAACCCCUCCUCUAGCCCCUCCUCCUCCCCUAACCCUCCUCCCUAGCCCUCCUCCCUACCCCUCCUCCCUAACCCUCCUCUACCCCUCCUCCUACCUCCUCCUCCCUAACCCCUCUCCCUAACCCCUCUAACCCUCCCCCUAACUCCUCCUCCCAACCUCCCUCCUCCUAACCCCGCUCCCCCACCCCCAUCCCCCUGCGCGAACCCUCAACCCCCCUCGCCUAACCCCCGCUCUAACCCCCCUAACCCCCCCCCCCUCCUAACCCUCAUCCGUCAACCCCCUCCAACCCUCCUCAGCCCCUCUCUCAAAGCCCCCGACCUAACCCCAUACUCUCUCCCUCCUCCCCCUCCUCUAACCCCCUCCUCUCUAACCCCUCCUCCUACCCCUCUCACUAACUCCUCCUCCCAUACGCCUCCUCCCGAGCCCCUCCUCCAUACCCCUCCCUAACCCUCCUCUCUAACCCCUCCUCCCUAACCCUCCUCCUAACCCUCCUCCGUAACCCCGCCUCCCUAACCCCCUCCCUAACCCCUCCUCCUAACCCCUCCUCGCUAGCCCCUCCUCUCUAACCCCUCCUCUCUAACCCCUCCUCUCUAGCCCCUCCUCUCUAACCCCUGCCUCCCUAGCCCCUCCUCCCUAACUCCUCUUUAGCCCCUCUUCCCUAGCCCCUCCUCCCUAACUACUCCUCCCUAACCCCUCCACCCUAGCCCCGCUGUCUGUCUCUGUCUCUGACUCUGUCUCUGACUCUGACUCUGCCUCUGACUCUGUCUCUGUCUCUGUCUCUGCCUCUGCCUCUGUCUCUGUCUCUGCCUCUGUCUCUGACUCUGACUGACUCUGCCUCUGUCUCUGUCUCUGUCUCUGACUCUGUCUCUGUCUCUGUCUCUGCCUCUGUCUCUGCCUCUGCCUCUGACUCUGACUCUGACUCUGACUCUGACUCUGUCUCUGACUCUGUCUCUGCUUCUGACUCUGACUCUGACUCUGCCUCUGUCUCUGCCUCUGACUCUGUCUGUCUAUAGUGGUGAGUUUGGAGUGUUUUAUAUAAAGGAGAACAGAGCACCGUUUUCGUAUUUCAUAACAGAGCGCCUACUUUUCUUAACGUACCACCAACUUUUUGUAUUUCUCAGUAAAUGUAGAGAGUUGGAAAGGCUAUACUAGAUUACUGGCUAUCAAUUGAUAGAGGGAAGAACUGCAUGCUGGGGUGGGAUGCAACGCCACUGCUACGCCACCCUGCCAGUCUGUUCUCUGAUGGCCGUUUGUUGGCCUGUGUGUUUGUCCAGCUGGUUUCCUCAGGCCUGUGGUGGUAUUUGGACCCAUCGCAGAUGUGGCACGAGAGAAAAUCUCCCGGGAGGAGCCUGAUCUGUUUGAGCUUGCAAGUGAGUAACACAGUGUAUCAGAAUAAUGUGCAAGUGAGUAACACAGUGUAUCAGAAUGAUGUGCAAGUGAGUAACACAGUGUAUCAGAAUAAUGUGCAAGUGAGUAACACAGUGUAUCAGAAUAAUGUGCAAGUGAGUAACACAGUGUAUCAGAAUAAUGUGCAAGUGAGUAACACAGUGUAUCAGAAUAAUGUGCAAGUGAGUAACACAGUGUAUCAUAAUGAUGUGCUAGUGAGUAACACAGUGUAUCAGAAUGAUGUGCAAGUGAGUAACACAGUGUAUCAUAAUAAUGUGCAAGUGAGUAUCACAGUGUAUCAGAAUGAUGUGCAAGUGAGUAACACAGUGUAUCAUAAUAAUGUGCAAGUGAGUAUCACAGUGUAUCAGAAUGAUGUGCAAGUGAGUAUCACAGUGUAUCAGAAUGAUGUGCAAGUGAGUAUCACAGUGUAUCAGAAUUAUGUGCAAGUGAGUAACACAGUGUAUCAGAAUGAUGUGCAAGUGAGUAACACAGUGUAUCAGAAUGAUGUGCAAGUGAGUAACACAGUGUAUCAGAAUGAUGUGCAAGUGAGUAACACCGUGUAUCAGAAUAAUGUGCAAGUGAGUAACACAGUGUAUCAGAAUGAUGUGCAAGUGAGUAACACCGUGUAUCAGAAUGAUGUGCAAGUGAGUAACACCGUGUAUCAGAAUGAUGUGCAAGUGAGUAACACCGUGUAUCAGAAUAAUGUGCAAGUGAGUAACACCGUGUAUCAGAAUGAUGUGCAAGUGAGUAACACCGUGUAUCAGAAUAAUGUGCAAGUGAGUAACACAGUGUAUCAGAAUAAUGUGCUAGUUUCUGAGCAUUCUAGAAUGAUUAAACUGAUUAGAGAACUAUGUCAUAAAACUGUGCCUUCCCCUGUGUUCCAGAGAGUGAACCUAGAGAUGCAGGGACAGACCAGCGUAGUUCAGGAAUCAUCCGUCUGCACACCAUCAAGCAGAUCAUCGACAGAGUGAGUUUUGAAUUUACACAGUCGCUCGUUUCAAUAGGACUCAUUUUGAUUUGAGCAAUUAAGGAUUUUCUUUUCCACAAUUGCAUAACUGUUGUGGGUGUUGAUGUUCGGUUGAGAUAUUUUUUGUGAUGCGGUCAGAAUGACUAUUUCAAAUGUAGCGUUUGUCCAUUGCUAUUUCCACUCAUGAUGAAAAGAGAACUGCCCAGAAUAGGAUUCACUGGAGUCUGUUGAGGCUCUGCUCCACUAGGAGCUAAAAAGGAAUGACUAAGUCAACUAAGUUAUGGUGUCUUGUCUGGGUCUUGUCCGGUGUAGGAUAAACAUGCAGUCCUGGACAUCACCCCCAAUGCGGUGGACCGUUUGAACUACGCCCAGUGGUACCCCAUCGUGGUGUUCCUGAACCCCGACAGCAAGCAGGGGGUGAAGAACAUGAGAACCAGGCUCUGUUCCGAGUCCAGGAAGUCAGCCCGGAAACUCUACGAGAGAGCCUUGAAACUAAGGAAGAACAACCACCACCUCUUCACCAGUGAG